AUGUCGAGGUCCUGGAGCGCGGCGCGGGUCGGCCUCUUCGCCUUCCGCGGUGGGUGCUGGAACAGGGCGCGCACGGCGGCCUCCUCCGGCGACGGGGCCGGCACUGCAGCCUCCUCCGGCGACGGGGCCGGCACUGCGGCCUCCUCCGGCGUUGGCUACAGAUCUCCCGCCAUAUCGACCCUCUCCCGCCACAUCGCGCCCUACCGCCACUUCCCGUCGCUAGCCGCACAUUUCUCAACCCUGCCAAAAGAUUUCAACCCCUCCCGCCGAUUCAUUUCUCCCUCCCACCGCCGCUACUCUCUCCCAGCCAUGGCGCCGACAUGCCCCAAAAAAAUGGCCAAGAAAUCGUCCACCAAGCCACUGGGCAAGGAGGCAGUGAUGAAGGGGCCGAAGGCUCCCUUCGCGAAGCCGCGGAAGGCGCCGACGUCGAAGACGAAGCCGGACGACUGGACCGAAGAAAGGUGGCAGGAAGACUGCCUGCGGUGCAAGUUGUCGAUGGCGGAGCGGGGGGGGGUGGUGGAGCAGGAGAAGAAGACGGUGGCGUCGCUUGCGCAGCAGAAGGCCGCGCUGGCCACGUGUGUCGCUACGACCUACCGGAGUACAUCAACCAGCGCGUACAUUCCGGGAGUGGCGUCCCCGUCGACACCCUGUUUCUUCGGCGAGGCCGCAUCGGCGACGCCCGGGCUACGGCGCGGACAGCGUUGCCUUCACUGGGGUCCGCUCGAAUUCGAGGGCGCGAGUGCUCCGUUCGGGGAGGAGGCAGCGCGCGAGGAGGAGGACGGGGAGGAUGAGGAGGAGGAGGAUGACGAAGAGGACGGCAACGAACAAGACGACGAGGAGGAUGCCGCGGAGGAUGCAGAGGAUCUUGUGGAGGUUGACGCGGCCGGCGUGAGGAAGAAGAAGAAGAAGGCAGCCUCAGGCUCACGAGGCUCCAAGUGGAAGGCUCUAGAAGAUCAGUGCCUUUGCGAGUCGUGGGCGACAGUAAGCCACGACUCAGUCAUCGGCGCCAACCAAAAGUACGGGAAAUACUGGGCGAGGAUCAAGGCAUAG